ACAUAUUAAUUUUCUGGCAAAAACUGGGAUUUUAUUUGUUAGCCUUCACUCUUCGCAUUCGCAAUGACUCUUCUCCGGGGAGACUCCCUGGUAACGAGGCAGCUGCUGCGGCUGGUUCUGUUGCACACGGCCUGGGAGGUGGGCAGCGGCCAGGUCCGUUAUUCCGUGCCGGAGGAAUCCAAACACGGCACCUUUGUGGGCCGCCUGGCCCAGGACCUGGGGCUGGAGGCGGCGGAGCUGGUGUCGCGGAUGUUCCGGAUGGUCUCCAGCGGCAGGAGAGACUAUUUUGAGGUAAAUUUGCAGAGCGGCGUUUUGUUUGUUAAUUCGCGACUAGACAGGGAAGAGCUGUGCGGCCAGAGCCCCCUGUGCGCCAUGGACCUGGAGGUGAUAGUGGACAAACCCCUAAGGAUAUUUCACGUGGAAGUGGAGAUACAGGAUAUAAAUGACAAUGCUCCUGCUUUUUCGGUAAAUGAACAAAACCUGAGUAUAGCAGAAUCACUAACGCUUCCAGGUUCGCGCUUCCCGCUAGAGGGCGCGUCUGACGCAGAUAUUGGUACAAACUCUCUGCUAACCUAUAAACUCAGCCCAAGUGAAUAUUUCACCCUAAAGGUGCAAACUAAUGAAGAGCAAAGUAAAUCUUUAGUCCUUGUUUUAAAGCAAUCACUGGACAGAGAGGAAACCCCUGCGCAUCAUUUAUUACUCACAGCCACUGACGGUGGCAAACCGGAGCUCACCGGCACAGUUCAGCUGCUGAUCACUGUGCUGGAUGUGAAUGAUAACGCGCCUUCUUUUAAUCAGUCUAGUUAUAAGGUUCGAUUGUUAGAAAAUGCAGCUAAUGGAACAAUGGUAAUGAAAGUGAACGCAACCGACUUAGAUGAGGGAAUUAAUAAGGAUAUUUUAUAUACACUUCGCGGUGUUACUCAACCCAAUGCAAGUGCCACCUUUAGAAUAGAUUCAAAUACUGGAGAGAUCAGUGUAAAUGGAGAACUGGAUUUCGAAAACACUAAAUUACACGAAGUUCGAGUAGAGGCCACUGACAAAGGUAAUUUCCCAUUAUCCGGGCACUGCAAUGUUUUCGUAGAAGUGUUAGACGUUAACGAUAAUGCCCCCGAGUUAACAAUAACGUCUCACUCUCUGCUGGUGCCGGAGGACGCUCCCCCGGGGACAGUGGUGGCUCUUAUUAGCGUCUCUGACCGGGACUCGGGAGACAACGGCAAAGUCACUUGCUCCAUCCCCCCGAACCUGCCCUUUCGGCUCGUCUCCACCUUUAAGAAUUAUCACUCGCUGGUGCUGGCGGAGGCCGUGGAUCGGGAGCGAGUGUCUGAAUAUAAGCUCGUGGUGACAGCCAGAGACGGAGGGGCCCCGUCUCUCUCGGCCAGCAGCAGCAUUUUGGUGCCGAUCGCGGAUGUGAACGAUAACGCCCCAGCGUUCCCUCAGCCCGUUUACACGGUGUUUGUGAAGGAAAACAAUCCGCCCGGGGCCCAUCUCUUGACCGUGUCGGCCUCGGACCCGGACCUGAGGGAAAACGCCUUCGUGAGCUACUCGGUGGUGGAGCGAAGUGUGGGAGAGCAGCCCAUGUCCAGCUACAUCUCGGUGCACUCGGAGAGCGGGCACAUCUAUGCCCUGCAGCCCUUUGACUACGAGGAGCGGCAAGUGCUGCAGUUCCAGGUGAGCGCGAGGGACGCCGGGUUCCCAUCGCUGUGCGGGAACGUGACUGUGCAGCUCUUUGUCCUGGAUGAAAAUGACAACGCGCCCGCAGUGUCCCCGGCCGGCUCCGUCGGCGGCUCGCCAGGGCCCGAGCUGGUUCCGCUAUCGGUCGGCGCAGGGCACGUGGUGGGCAAGAUCCGAGCGGUGGAUGCGGAUUCCGGCUACAACGCGUGGCUUCGCUACGAAGUGCAGGAGCCCGGGGCUGCGGGGCCUUUCCGGGUGGGUGUGUACAGCGGGGAGAUCAGCACGACGCGGACCUUGGAGGAGGCGGACGGCCCCAGCCAGAGACUCGUGAUCCUGGUGAAGGACCAUGGGGAGCCGGCGCUGUCAGCGACAGCCACUGUCAGCCUGUCCCUGGUGGAGAGUCCCCAGGCUGUGAAAUGGGACUCGAGGCCAAGGGGCAGGAUCGAAGGGCCCUUGGUUGACAUGAACGUGUCUUUAAUGAUCGCCAUUUGCUCGGUGUCCGGGCUGUUUGUGCUGGUGAUUGUCGUGUACGUUGGCCUGAGAUGCCACCCGGGUCCGGAAGUGGUGUGCGAGCCUGGGAAAGCCACCGUGGUGUGCUCGAGCGAAGUGGGGAGUUGGUCCUAUUCCCAGCGCCAGAGCCGGAACUUGUGUGUAGGGGAAGGCACCGCCAAGAAUGACCUCAUGGUUUUCAGCCCCAACUUCCCUAACUGUGCAGAGAAAAGUGGGACAGUGAAGGAACAGGAGCUGGCACCAAAUUCAUCUGGCGAGGUAAAAUAUGCAGAUAUUAUUUAAUCGAAGAUUUGGGGAAAACGGACAGAAAGGUGUUGUUUGUGCCCCGAUCAGCUAUACACCGAAGUUGAAGA